CCUACACCUCAGCCAACCUCUUCAUGGCUGAUUAGAUAAGCAGAUCUCAUACAUUCCAGAAUCACAUUCUCGAUCUGCAACAGAAAGACGCAAGUACCGAAGAUCGUCCAUCAGUAGCGAAAUCUAGAUCGCAAAACGUACAGGAGCUGAGUUCAUUCACCAUCUUCCCUCUGUCUGUCUCUCCACCAUUAACUGAAAGGCUUGGCAAAUCUUAGAAGAAAAGGUCGAGAAAUGUGUCCAAAAAUUCACGGUUUCACGUUAGUUCUAACCUUAGGGCUCUUCUUGGCCCAAAUCCACUCCCUUCGGUUCGAUCUUGAAUCGGGUCACACCAAAUGCAUAGCUGAAGAUAUGAAGAGUAACGCAAUGACUGUCGGCAAGUACCAUGUAGUUAACCCUAACGACGGAUACCCUUUGCCCGACACACACAAAAUCAAUCUACGGGUGACAUCAUCAUAUGGGAAUACCUAUCACCAGGCAGACAAUGUGGGGGAAGGACAAUUUGCGUUUCAGACGGCUGAAGCGGGGGAUUACAUGGCCUGUUUCUCUGCCCAAGAUCAUAAGCCUCCCAUCCCACUUACUGUAGAUUUUGAUUGGAAGACUGGUAUUGCUGCUAGAGAUUGGACCAGUGUUGUAAAGAAAGGCUCUGUUGAAGCGAUGGAAUUAGAACUAAAGAAAAUGUAUGAAACUGUCCAGUCCAUCCAUGAUGAGAUGUUCUAUCUUCGCGAAAGAGAAGAAGAGAUGCAGGAGCUAAAUAGAUCAACCCACUCCAAAAUGAAUCUGCU